CUACUCUCUAUCUCACAGAGGAAGAAAGUAAGCAGGUGUGUAAAAUACUCUGGAGAGUCAUUUCAGAUCCGUGGAUUCUGUCUCCUUCCUUCAUUUCUUGACUGCCCACUCGGUCUCUUCCUCCCCCUCCCCCUUCCCCGCUCUACGGAAAGCAAAAAACCAGCCCAAAAUUAGCACGAUAACAAUCAAACUCUGUUUCCCUUUGGAUCUCCAUGUUCUCUCUUUGAGCUUUGUCACUGAUAUAGUGUCUUUAACCGCUUGGUGAAGGGGUUUGUGAUCUUUGUUUCUAACUGGGAGAGGACUCCGAUCCGAUCCGUUUUGAUCUUAUCUAAUCAGGUUCUGAAUAUAUUUUUAUUUUUGUUAUAAGCUGGCUUUGAAUCUUGUGAUGCUUGAUUUGGAUUUGUCAUGGAGGAGAUCUAGAACUUUCGCUGUGAAUUUGCUUCAGAUUUAAUCGUAGAAGUUUUGAUUUUUAGAGGGAUUUUGUUAGAAUUGGGUUUUAGCUGAAAGAGUACAGCAGCUGAAUUGGUGAGCAUUUCAAAUUAUGGAGACGCUUGUUGUUGUGGCUCAACACAGGAAUCAGUACUACACCAAAGUUAGGUCAAAUGGGCCUGCUAAAUUUGGGACUUCACCUUCUAAGCACUUUAAGGAUAUCAAUUGCAGGACUUUUCAAUCCAGGGACGGGAUACUCCCAACCCCAUUUCAGGCUUCCACUACCACUGUAACCAAAAUCACCAGCCAUGUUCCUCCCACUUCUAACUCUCCAAAAACACCACCACCUGCUAUUAAGUCUCAAUUUAAUUCUCAUCCUGUUGACAAUGGUAACUUUAAGACCAUUUCGAAAAGCUCUCCCAUAACCAUUAAUGUCACAGUUCCUAGAAAGGAGACAUCUUUUUAUGAGGACAUGGGUUUUGGGAAUGAGAAUUUACCCUUCUCGGAGCGUUGGGCUGGUCCGGCGUAUUCGAAUUCUCCACCACCUAGUUCUUUGCCGAUUCCCAAGUUCUCAAUGAGGCCACCAAAGCGAACAGUGUCCCUUGAUUUACCUGUGAACCAUGGUACUGAUUUUAAUGUGCAGCCAACUGCCAAGUCUGCACCAGCUUCUCCUUCUAGGGAGCAUAGCCCAUCUAUGAAAGAUUUGUUUCUUAGUGCUGACUCUGCGACAAAGACUCUGCGUCGCAUUCUCAACCUUGAUGUGGCGGAUGAGUGAAGCUUAAGGGGCCUUUUGCUCCUGUAAAUAGUGAAUUUCAGUGGUAGAUGUAUAUAGAUGAAUAAAGCAGCCAGUAGUGUCGGUUUCUUUAGUUUUUGGUGGCGGCGGAAACAGUCCUGGCUUGGUGGGUCAAUAAUUUCUGAUGUUACACUGAGAAACUGAUUUGUGACCUGUAGUGAUCUGGUAGCAAGGCAAGCAGGCAGGCUUACCAAGUACAUGACUUUGGAGCUAAGAUGAGGCAGGUUAAUUGUAAUUUGGACAAUGUGAAGCGGAUGGAAGCUGACUCCAAUACUUUCGAGAAGCAGAAGGGAACUUAAAAUGAAGUUAAAGAGAAUGUCAUUUCUUCAGAGGGACGGGGCAACUUACUAUUUUCAAUUCUAUCAUGCCCUAACGAUGCAAAUCUAUUUGCAUAAUCUCCUUGUGGGAUGUUUAUUAGCUCUACUCUAGCUCGAGUAGAAUUUAGACCUAUAGCAUCAAACACAAUGUAUAUACUGCAUUGCGACUUUGAUUAGUCUUGUAGUUCCGUAGGUUUCUGUCUUAUUUUCAUAUCUUGACUUUCUUUUCGUUGUUUCAAUUCCACCUUUUUCCAACUACACUUUCAACUGCUAUCAUUAAUUAGCCUCUUAGAUUCCUAGUAUAGAAUUGCCUCAAUUGGCAACAUAGAUGAUCUGUUUUCUUGUGACCGUUUCCUUGCUUCAGCACCUCUCAACAAUCAACUCCUCUUAUAUAAAUAUUCACCAUUUCUUUCUUUCUUCUCUAAGUAGCUCCAAUUCCCUGUACACCAUUUCAUCUUUAGUUAGCUCUAACUCCUUGCACACCCUGCAUGGGUGCUGUUUCUCCUUGGCCAUCUUUUCUGUUUUUUAAGAGGGAAAAGUGGAAAGAGGAACUGAAAACAGUUGUUAGUGUCUUCUGCUCCUUUGGUCUUCUAAGAUCAAUCCUAUCCGUGUUGCUCUGUCCUGCUGCAAGCCUAUCAGUUUCUUGUUAUUCUGAGCAGGUAAUAGGGCCUCUUAUUUGCCAACGAUGAUGUGUAUAUUCCUUGGAGAUUGUCGACCACGCCAAGCCAAGGCAGCUGCUUGUCCAAGAACAUAUCAGGAGGCAGUUGUAGGAGGACAUGUUCGUGAUAGAUGUAGUCCUAAAAGUUAAGUCUUAUUAGGGUUCAUCCAUACGUGUUUUCUAUUUCUUGUCACUUGUGACCAAGACUUUAGUGCAACAUGUGUCUUGCUGUUUGUCUUGUGUUACCAGGAGCCCCUUUCAUUAGUCGAGUUAUGCGUGCUGUUGGACCAAUGUCGUGUUUACAAUGUCAUUAUGUAUCCAGACUUCAAUGUAUCAAAGUUUAUUGCAUCGUUUCUUUCUUGUGUUUGGAUGAA